UCUAGUGCUAUAUUAUAAUAUAAUGUUUGAUUAACUUCUUAGAUCAAUGUCAAACUUGUAGACAUAUAAAAAUAAGGGUAGAAGUCAACAUAACAAUAACGUGAGAAUACUACACAAAAAUAUAUCUAUAAAUUUGUUAAGCGCGACGCUAGUGGAUCAAACAAAUUCAAUAGGUUUCAAUAAUACUCCGUUAUAUAUACUUUCCCUAUUUUUGUUUUUAGUCCUCAAAGUAAAAAAUAUAACAUAUAUAUCCUUCUCAUCAUGAGGUCAUUUAUCUCAUUAUUGCAUUGCAAAUCUUUGUCACAAUGAGGCAGCUCUUGUGUUGUGAGUGAUGCCAUUCCCACCACAAAACUUCACUGUGCUAUUGAUGUUGAAACUCAUCACCAUCAUCAUCUUCCAUAUUAAUUCAUUUCUUUGCUGCAAAUUCCCAACCCUAACAUAGAUGUUAUCCACCAUUAAUACCUCUCUUCACAAAACGCAGUUCAUCAACAACUGGUCUCCACCAUUUCCAUCCUUCCAUAAAAUGCAUCCCAAUUCUCUCCUCCUCCUUCCAUUCCAAACCCUCAUAACAUCACCACCACUACUACUAAUAACUCUAAUUUCACUAUGUUUUUUUCCAAAUCCAAAACUCUUAAUUCUACACCAAACCCUCCUCGCUAUCGAGGUGUCCGCCAUCGGAGCUCUGGUAAGUGGGUUUCCGAGAUUCGAGAGCCAAGAAAGCCCAACAGGAUUUGGUUGGGAACUUUUCCUACCCCAGAAAUGGCUGCCAUCGCUUACGACGUGGCAGCUCUGGCUCUCAAAGGCCCCAGUGCCGACCUCAACUUUCCUAAUUUGGCAUUUUCUUUACCAGUGCCAGUCUCUACCGCCGCACGUGACAUUCAGGCUGCAGCCACAUCUGCUGCAGCAGCUAUAGGAGCAGCUGCGGCUACAAUGGAAUUAGACGGUAAUCCCGUGAGUGCAAGUAGAGAAAAAGAAGACGAGGAAGGAGAUGGAGGAGGAUGUGGGGAGGAAUUAGUGGAGGGGGGAUUUGUAGAUGAAGAUAUGAUAUUUGAUAUGCCAAAUAUUUUGAUGAACAUGGCUGAAGGAAUGCUUCUCACUCCUCCAUCCUUCAACUUCAACAUGAAUGCUUCAAAUGAUUUUGAAUAUCCUUCAAACUAUACUCAAGAUACCCUUUGGGAAUUCCCUUAAAAAAUAUGUAAUUUUAAUUAUCAUGUAAGGUUAAAGAGAAAUUCUAGCUCAUCCAUCUUUAGUGAAUGCCUUGGCUUCAGUAUCUUUUUAUUCCUAGAACAACCAUCUAUUAUCUAGGCAAUGUAACUUUCCAAUUAUUUUUUUUCUGUUAUUUGGCC